CCAGUGAUACAUAGGAAUUUGUAUUUUGCGCGCCGAAUUUGGAAACGGAUGCUGCGUUGCUGCUACUCGGGAAAUGCCCAAAUAACACACUACAAGAAAAGGAUGGUGGCCCCAAGCUGUCUGCGUGAAGCUUUCCUUGAAGCUGCUGAAAAUGAUGAUCGAGAUGAAUUCAUUCAUUUCCUGCAGCGGCACAAUGCCAAAGAUGAUGAUUUCACCAUUGAGGAGGUUCUGCAGAGUUUGUCCCGUAAGCAGUACGAACGUGUUUGGUCUGGUCUCAAUCAGAUGUGUGCAUCUACUCUUCUCCAUUCACCAUUUGAAACUGCAGGAGGUAGCGAAGAGGAGGCAGGGAACAAGGAGUCUUCCUUAGCAACCCAUGCCUGCCUCCAGGGCAUUGUUACCGUGGCAACUAUGUGUCUGACCAUGGAGAAGCCAAUCAUUACUCAGCCUAUGUUUGAGACAGCUGUUUAUCUGCAUGGUGUCUUGUUAGAUCUUCCAGACUCAGCCAGCAAGCUUCAGCAAGGAAUAGCCAAACUUUGUGAGAAGUGGUGGGCCGGUGAGCACGCGGGGCAAGAAGAGCUUGUAGCUAACACCCUCAUGUACUACUUAGUCAGAAGCCUACAGCCCACAGCCACAAUCGCUGAUGUCAAGAGUGUAGACGGCUUACGCCAGGCACUGAGCAAGAUUAAUCUGGAGGAAGAGAGUAGUGCAACAUUGAAGGAUCUCCUGGAGCAGUGUAUGACCAGACGCAAUUACCUUAAACAAGACAAGGGUCGUCGAUUCUUGAGUUUCCUAUUGACAAUGAGUCCAACCUUCCUGGAGAGACUUCAUAAAACCAUCAAGACCCAGCUACCAGUCUGCCCCAGGUCCUUAAUUGAUUCCUAUGGCGAGAUAUACUUCAAGGCUUGGAGAGUGGCUAGUGGUCCCAUGUUGGAGAAACUGGAGAAAUAUUGUAUCCAAGACUUGAUGUAUCAUGCUGUGCAUGCCUCCCGUGUUGGCACAAGAUCAUUGGCUUCAACAUUGAGACAGCUGUUGAGCUACUUCUGCAAGCAGAAACGCCAGCAAGGUGUUGAUAAAAUGCUUCUGGCUCUCUACGAACCAAUCAUAUGGAGAGCGGUUAAGGUUGCCAAUGCUAGUGUACGUGCCAAUGCCGCUGCUCUCCUGAUUGACGCCUUCCCUCUGCAAGAUCCAGAAUCAAACAAGGAGGACUCUGACGCUCUCACUCAAAAACAGUUUGACAUUUUCCAGGAUCUGCUAGAUGACCCCUGCCCGGUAGUCCGUGUGACCGGUGUCCAUGGCAUUUGUCGCAUUGCCAGUGUCUUUUGGGAGCUGAUACCAGGCCACACGCUGGAGGCCUUCAUUACCAAACUCAUCAGAGACAUGGCAUUUGACGUCAGUACAGCCGAUGUCAGGGCUUCUGUCUUUAAGGGUCUGACGAACCUCUUGGAUAACCAUCUGAGUCACCCUUUGCUGAAGAACCUGCUGCCCAUCUUGAAAGACUUCAUCCAUGACACCUCGGAAAAGGUCCGUGUGGCCUUUGUUGAUCUCCUGCUAAAGGUCAAAGGGCUGAGAACCAUCAAGUUUUGGAGUAUAACCCCGAUGGAGCAUCUGCUCGGCCAGCUGGUGGAGGACUCAGCCCCUGUGGCUCGUCGCCUCGUCUCCUUGCUCUUCAAUUCGCUCCAGCCAGUGGACAGGACUGGUGAAGUCCAGAUAGAACGGUGCAUUGCCCUCAUCCAGACUAAUCCUGGGGCUAUUAGGGUUUUUUAUCAGUAUGCACACCGACAUAUGUCAGUAGCUACUGCAGGGAAAUUCUUGCUGCUUCUUGGUCAGUGCAUCCUGGGCUGCAUCCGCAAGGCCCAGUCUGCCAACGGUCAACCCCAGAGAAAGGAGGGGGAGGGGCAGGAGGCAGGCGAGGAGGAGGACGGGAAGGAGAAUGAGGCUGGCCUGAGAGGCGAGGACGGAGAUGAGGAAAGCUUGAGCCUGCAGGACGCCGACAUCAUGGAAGGAAUGCUGGAGAUCAUAGCUGUGCUGUGGACAGGGAUCAAUGAUCAACUGGCUAAGCUUGAGAAUCAAACCACUAAGAAGCAGCUUGUGUCUAGAUUCAGCAAGGCUCUACCAGAGUUCCUGACUGUCUUCCAGGAGGGUCGUGCUCUGUCGGCUGUUCUAGUCAUCGCUGGAUAUGUGCCGUCGUCAUCAAUUCCAACAUUCAGUCGGGGCUGUCUGACAACACUGAAGACCAUGUCACCUUCUGCCACCUCUUCUGACUUUGGACCCCUCCUGGAGUGUCUAGUGUCCUGGGGGAGGGGCUCAGAUGUGCUGGAGCUCAUAUCUGAUUGGUUGGUGGCUGCACUCAGGACCAGUCCAAAAUCAAAGAAGAAAUCUCGGCAAGUUAGCUUCCGUGACCCUGUUCAGCCACGGCCAUCUCUUGCGCUGAGCUAUCUGGACUGGCUCCUGUCUCAUUUCCCCUGCCUGUCUGUUCUGCUGGCGUCCUGCUCGGAUAAGCUUCAAGAUCUCACCUCCACCCUCAAGACUACCCUACCAUGUCUAGAGCAGCGUUUGCUGACCCCUGACCCCUUGAGUGACCUAGCCACUGAUGAGGUCAUGGUGGGAUCCCUCCAGAUGUACUGUAGACUCCAAAUCCAUCUUACAUCUGGUCAGCUGAAUCAGGAUUCAAGCUUCCUUGAGGGAGCAGCAAGCAGUCUGACUGAGCUCCUUGCUUGGGCAGAUAGGGAGAUACUACCCAUGAUACGAAGGGGAGCAGACCUCGGAACAGAUUGCCGAUCUGAGGACGAUUGCCCGACAGCUAAACGAAUGGCGAUGGACAAGUCUGAGAAGAAUCUACUUCAUCUUGGGAAAGAAAUCCUGAAGGUUAUUCUGAGCAUGAGCAGUGAGACCGUCAUGCUUGGAAUCGGUGACAGGGCAUUCCAGUCUAAUGUAGCUGACUUUUGCCAGCUGCUUCUUAAAACAGGCCACGGUUUUGAGCACCUUCCAGACAUCACCAGGCUUUUGUAUCAGAUAACCCAGCAAGAUCCCCACCAGAGCGUGAUGCAGGACAGGGAGGUAAACGAUGAGGCAGUACCGACCCGUCUGCUGGGUGGUGUCGUCAAGGCUUUGGCAGACAGAAUCAUGGAGGAUUCAGACGGGCAGAGCGAGCAGGUACAGAAGACACUGACUGCAAUCAAGCCAGCCGUCCGGGGAGUCCUGCACUGUUGCCACAAACAACAACAAGGUGUCCGAGGCACCCCAGCCUAUGAUAUCAUGCCAUCAGUCAUGGCUGCCAUCGUUGCCGAGGUAACGCAUCGGAUGCAAGGAGGCGGGCUGGACCAUUGCCAGGAUGUGACCAAGUUACCUACACUGUCUGCUUUCUUGCUAGACAUGAUAGCACGGACACAGUCCAUGCUGGGGUCCUUUGUCAAUGAGAUAGAACAGUGUACAUCAUCCAAUGCUGUGCAAAGCGUUGAGGAUCUGGUGGGGAUGGUAUACAUUCUACAUGCCGUCAGUCACGGCACAAAGAAGGUUGCAGGAAUCAAGACCUGUCUGACAGCUGUUAACAGUAAACUUGAGGACUUACAGAAACUGAGGAAUGAGCAUAUUGAAGAUGAUGUUGCUGGUCCAAACGCGGAUAAUUUUCUGUUUCAACAAGCCACUCAGAUGAUGCAAGACAUUGUCAGAGCCAUCGGAGGACAGGCGUAGACCACGGUCUCUCAUUUACACCAAUGUGGUAUCAGUAAGAAUGUCAAGCCUACAUGCACUAGUAUGUGUAGAACAUCAGUUGAUUUCAAAAUGAGUUUCUUAACGCUCCAAUUGAUUUCUGAAUGCAUAAUAAAAAUAAUUAAUAACCAUUCAAGCAAUGAGUUUGUAUCUUUAAUUUAUUCAUUUUACCAUUAGCGUAACCUGACUGAGGGUCUUAAUAUUGGUCAUUCCUACAGUGCCUUUUCUGUUGGAUACAAAGUACUAAGUCAUUGCACAUUAUUGGUCAAAACCCCAAAUGAGGGGGUAGUUUUUUAAGUGCCAUUAAAACGCAGCUGGUGGCCUCUGCUUUCAGUGUUACAUCGCACAGCACGUGCCUCGUGUCACUCUCACAGCAUGUGGGAGACAUAUACCCUAGACUUAGUCAGAAGGGUGUGUCACAAAAUUGAAGAUUGGAAUCCUAUUGGAAACUCAUUGAUUCUUGACUUGGUUUGACUUUUUUAACUGAAAGCAACUUGUGAAUGGGAAUAAUAGUAUGCUAGGCAACUAACGAGUGGUCAUGUGCAAAGUACAGCUCUCUCUUUCAGCUCGGGCAAAUCAGUGACCAGAUACCUUGUGUCUGAAGGGUAUCAUCUAAGUUAAGUUGCUAUGAACUUUAGAGCAGACACUAAAGACAUCAAUAUUUUGAAAGGUGUAUAAUUAGAUUUAUCAAAGGAGGUAUUGGUUUUAUUUAUUGGCUACAACCCGAGAAACAAAAGUGAAAAUGAUUUAUACAGUGCUUAUCGUUAACCUUAACCUAACCCCUAGGGUGUAUGUAAAAUCAUACUGAAAUCGGAGGAUUUGGGACUGUUUUAGGUUUUGCGUACACCGUAUGGUACAUUUAGCUCAUGCAUAGAAUUGCUCUCGGCUGUUCAUAUGACAGAAUAUCAACUGUUCUCUGCAAAUUUAUGUCAUGUGGUCCAACAAACACAUGAUUUAUGUGAAAUAAAUGAGUUUUGAAGAGCUUUGUAUGAAUGGAAUACAGUAAAGGGGGAUUAGCAACUAUUCAUUCAAAGUUUCUCGUGUGGGUUUCCGCAGUGACCUCUUGUAAUGAUAGACACCUCUUUUGGUUAUAUGUGUAUUGGUGGUUUAAUAAUGUAUCCCUUAUAGAUGGCGUGUCGUUCCAUUGAUUGGAAUAUCAGGCAGUUUUUACAUGGAAAUGACAGGUGUCCUAAAAUUAAAGCAAAUACACAUGUUUACAAAGAAAAAGCAAAAUAAAAUGCAAGGUUGAAUUCUUACCAAAGUUUGUGGAGUGGUAUUUACAAGGCUAACAUUACACAUCUGUUGAAAUGAGCUUUAAGCAGUUUAUAAAAUGUUAAGGGACUGUGGGGUAAAAUGUUGAGGUCGCUUCAACUACCCUUGGUGAAGAA